AUGCCACCAAAAGGCUCGCGAAAGUCCGCACCGGCAAUUACCAAAACCCUCGUUCUCGAUAACGGUGCUUACACGUUGAAAGCCGGUCUUGUCCCCACAACCUCCACCACACCACCCACACACGCCGACUGCAGCGUAAUACCAAACUGCAUCGCGCGCAGCACGCGCGACAAGCGCACAUACAUCGCGUCUGAACUCGACUCAUGCAAGGACUUUGGCGAGCUUGCCUUCAGGCGGCCGGUGGAAAAGGGCUUCAUUGUUAACUGGGAGGCAGAGAAGGCGAUAUGGGAGCACGAGUUCAUGGGCGCGGGGGAGGGGUUGAGGUGUGAUCCGAAGGAGACGAAUCUGCUUCUGACGGAGAAACCGAAUUGUCCCAAGGAGUUGCAGAAGAACUGCGAUGAAAUUGUGUUUGAGCAGUUUGAGUUUGCGGCGUACUACCGCUGCGUGGGCCCAACAAUGGCUGCGUACAAUUCCUUAGAUGCUACAUCGCUAUCUGCUGUACCGCAGGAAUGCCUCCUCCUCAUCGACACCUCGUACUCAGACACCACGAUCCUACCACUCUACAAUGGGAAGGUAUUGCAGUCGGCAGUGCGCCGCCUCACAGUGGGCGGCAAGCUGCUCACUAACUACAUGAAAGAGCUCUCCUCCCUACGGCACUACAACAUGAUGGAAGAGACGUACCUGCUCAACGAGAUCAAAGAGGCCGUAUCAUACGUCACACCGUCACCGCAACAGUACGCCAAAGACCUCGAGCGGACGUGGAAGGGAAGGCUAGGAGACAAGAGGGAGUUGGACAGUAGUGUGGUGGUGGACUACGUGCUGCCAGACUACGAGAACGCGAUACACGGGCAUGCAAGACCGCAUGAUCCUGCGAAGUCACGGAUGAGACGCGGAAUGCAGCCUGUGCAGGGCCCGAGGGAGGAUCUGCUGCCGCUGGGGAACGAGAGGUUCGCUGUACCAGAAUUACUCUUCAAUCCAUCAGAUAUCGGCAUACAAGAGUCGGGCAUUCCCGGUGCAGUCAUGGAGAGUCUCAGUGUGCUUCCCGAGGCGCUGAGGAUGGGGUUCAUGGCGAACGUGGUGGUUGUGGGAGGCAACUCGCUGAUUGAGGGCUUUAUGGAGAGACUGGAAGCGGAGCUGAGGAUGCUAGUCCCGAGUGACCAUCUCCUGAAUAUCUCACGGGCGGAGGACCCUCCAGCCGGAGCUGCUGAAGGAGGUGCUGACUUUGUGAACGACGUCCAUCUCAACACCGCCGCCCCAAUGCGCAGGAUACCGCGCCCCUCGCGGGCAAUCGACGCCUCGUCCGCCUUCCAGUCCUCGGUGCGCCAACGGACCGCAUCGCCCUGCACCCACCUCCGCGCCUUCUCCACCACCCCUUCUGCCGCGUUCCUCCUGCCCGCCGGCAAGCAGGACAAGAAGAAGCACCAGCAGUUCGUGCGGCGGUGGCAGAAGCGCCUCCUCGGCGAAUCCGAGCCCAUCGGCGCCCACGUCGACCCCUACGACCCGACGUCGCCUGUGCGGAUAGCGCCCGAGGACCAGGGUGAGGAGAUCGAAGUGCUCGAGGAAGACGCCAAUGCAUCGUUCCCGCGGUACCAGAAGGCCGAGCACGGGCGCAAGCUGAAGCACGUUGGUGGUGAGGAGUGGCUGGCGAAGACGGAGGAAGGCGACAUGGCAAGGGAGUUUGAGAAGUUGACGCUCAGGACGUAUACGCCGCUGACUCUGGAGAUGGCGGAUCAAAUUGAGGAGUGGACGGGUACGCCGUAUACGCUGCGGGACGAGAAUCUGUUGAUGGCGCAGACGGUGCACCAGGUCACGGGACGGCCGUACACCGAGUUCAACUUUGGCGUGAACAAGAGGACGACAGACCCUGUCAAGCUUAGGAAGGCAUUCGCCCAAGCUGUGGCCGAGGUGUACACAUUCAAGCAGGCCGGCCUGGAUCUGGAUCUCUCCAAGCUGCCCAACCGCGGUGUCUACAAGCGUCCCUCGUGGGCCAAGAACAUCAAACUCUACAACACCUCCAGCGGCGAGCUCGCUCUCGCAUUCCCGGAGUACAGGAGUGCCGAGCAGUUCAUCAACCUCAUUCAGUCGACACCAGAGUGGGAUGCAUUCGAGCCUGAGUUGUUAGAGGACGACGAGCUCCUUGUCGAGGACGUUGUAGCGCCGGUGGUCCCCGAGGCUCCUGCUGCGGUGCCGGUCAUGGAUCCCGCGACGCCUGAGUACAGGAGGGCGGCUGUCGUGAAACAGGACCCCGAAAAGACGUUCGACUUCAUGUCGAAUCGACCUGUGCCUCGCGCAAAGCCCGUCGAGACUCCUGUCGACGCCGCUGGGACACCCGUAGUUGAGGAGGACGUGCAGGUUGAGGAGGCUGUCUCCGUACCGCCCACCCACACCCCGUCUUCGCCUGCCCCCUCGCGCCACGCUGGACUCGAGACCAAAGCACAGAGCCUCACCGAUGCCAUCACUCAGCUGAGGAAAGAAGCGCGUUUGAACAGCGAAAACACCGCCUCACAAGUUAACGAAGUGAUGUGGCGCCACGUCCCGCUCACCGACAACGACGUCAAGUUCGCUCUGUUCAAACGCCUCCUCCAACUCACCGGCACACGCAUCCCCGACCCGCUCCUCUCCUCCUCCACCACUCUCGGCGACUUGUACGGCCACCUCCGCGACGCCGCCAAACCCGCACCCACCUCCCUCUUCAGCGCACUGCACACCGAAGGCCAGUACCUCCGUGAGAAGGCCAAGACUCAGAUCACCGCCGAAGACAGCUCGAGACAGCAGCGCGCCAACCUGGGCGAUCUGUUGACGUUGGGUAAUGUCGAGCUGAGGAAGUCGAAGCCGACGUUGACGGAGAAGAGGACCAAGACGGGUAUGGAGAAGGUGGUGCAGUAUGCGCUGUGGGAGCGUGGGCUGGACACGAAGGGGAAGAGGGGGAAGAGGAAGCAGGAAGAUGUACCGGUUGGUACGCCGUUGAGUAGGAGGAGUGCGAAGUUUUUGGUUGGGAAGACGAGCCAGAACCUAGCAUAGAGGUGUUUGAGACAGGAACCGUUGUAACUUGUACAUUAUGUAGCAUGGCUGGGCUAGGAUUUGUACUGUAUCACAUGGCGGCGGAAGAUUUAGAGGGCCGUGUAGGAAUACUAUUGCAUGUUCACG